GCAGCAUGGCUUGUGCGAAAGGUACACGGAGGAUGGCUGCGCUACAGUUUCUUUGGGUUUGCUUAAUAUUCUGUGUUCUCAUCCAGAUAACAUCCUCGCAGUACAAGAAGAAAGAGAAUGUCCUCACUGAUAAAGUUCAACAGUUAAUGGAAUGGAACACUAAGAAGUCUGUGAUCCGGUUCAACGGUGAGAAGUUUCGUCAGUAUGUGAAGACGAGUCCCCGUAACUACUCCGUGGUGCUAAUGUUGACAGCUCUUCAACCACAGAGGCAGUGUGCUGUUUGCAGGCAGGCCAAUGAUGAGUUUACCAUUCUGGCCAACUCCUGGCGCUAUUCCCAGCAGUACUCCAAUAAGCUGUUCUUUGCCAUGGUUGAUUAUGAUGAAGGUUCGGACGUCUUCAGCGGACUGAAGCUGAACAGUGCUCCCGUGUUCAUGCACUUCCCUGCGAAAGGGAAGCCCAAGAGAGGUGACACAAUGGACAUCCACAGGGUGGGGUUCUCGGCUGAGACGCUGUCUCGCUGGGUGGCUGAGAGGACAGAUAUUCAGAUCCGUGUUUUCAGACCUCCCAACUACUCGGGCACGCUCCUGUUGGCCUUGCUCUUCUCUCUGAUUGGUGGAUUGCUCUACCUAAAGCGGAACAACCUCGAGUUUCUCUACAACAAGACCUCCUGGGGGAUAGCUGCUCUGAGUGUGAUCUUUGCCAUGACCUCGGGACAGAUGUGGAAUCAUAUCCGUGGACCUCCAUUCAUGCACAGAAAUCCCAACACUGGACAAGUGCUCUACAUUCACAGCAGUAGCCAGGGCCAGUUCAUCAUGGAGACUUACAUUGUAAUGUUGCUGAAUGUCGCUGUUGUUGCUGGUAUGAUUUUGCUAAAUGAGGCUAACUUGGUGAAAGGAGAUGCUGGGAAAAAGAGAAUCUUAGCCUUGGUAGGUUUGGGCUGCCUGGCAUUCUUCUUCAGUCUUCUGUUGUCAGUGUUCAGAUCUAAAUACCAGGGUUAUCCUUACAGUUUCCUGUUCAAGUAAUCCUGAACAACAGUGAGAACGUGUUCAUUUCCUGAGCUGGUGUUCCAUGCUUGUCAAAGGGAGAAAACAAAGACAAGUUUGUGUUGUAAAUUCUCAUUUUACUUCAUUGAAAAAAAAAUGUGUACAUUCGAACAUUGUAAAAAUAUGUAUUAAAAGCAAAUUUAAAAAAAGGAAAACAUUAUUGCACUCUGCAUUUAUGUGACAUUGUAAAAUGUAUCUUUACAUACCUGUAUGUAUGAUAUGGACUAAGUCCUUAUUUACUUUGAUGUACAUUUUUGUUAUAUUUUGAAUGCAUGUGCUAGGUAGUCAGAAAGUGAAAUAAAAUAUCUUGUAACUUGUACCACCUGUUGUUUGAUAUUACAAAGACUUUAUAUUAUUCCAUUUAAAAAAAAAACAAAUUAGUGAUAUUCCUGCUUGUGUUAUGUUAAGAUUUCUGGAAAAUGUGACUGAAUACAGUUUGCCACUUCACAAUGUUUGAUGAUAAAUGUAGAAACACAGCAAUACAGUGAAGGUUAUUUGAAUAAUGUGGCACAUUUCCAAAGUUGCAUUGAAAAGCAGCAUCCUUACCUUUGACUGACUAAACCAUGCCUAAAACUGCAUUACUGUAAUUCUUCAGCCUUUUCACGUGUUUGCAAGGUGUUUAUUCAAGCAUAUUCUGAAGGCUGUGUUGACUGAUAAAAUUAUACUUUUUGUAAAACCGUGAAAUUGGCCAAUCUAACCAAUGUAGUUUUGUUCCCAAAAUCAAAUUAUAAAUAU